AUGGCGGGAGUCCCUUCCUCUGCUUUGUGGGGGAAAGCCUUUGAGCCAAUGUUGCAUAAAAACAAAGGCUUCUUUAAUCUGGAUAGUGAUGGUUCCAAGUCUCCUUCUAGAUCUCGCUCCUUUAAAGAGGUACUUUCAGGUAGCACGUCUGCAGGUGAUGAUCUCCCAUCUCUAACUCAAUCGACUUUUAAUGGAGUUCAUGUUGUUUUGUUAUCUGAUGAUGAAGUCUUAAAAUUAGCUUCUCAGUUUCAAUUUACGCUGGUUGGAAAAUUUGGAUUACUUGACUCUCGGUAUGCGGCUAUACAGCUUUCUAACGAUCUGGAUUACAGUCGUGUUUUUACUAGGAGCUCGUAUUUUAUUUUUAACUAUCAAAUGCAAAUCUUGAAAUGGACUCCUUUUUUCGACAUUAAGGAAGAAUCUUCGAUAGUCCCGAUCUGGAUUUCUUUUCCUAGUCUUCGUCUCCAUUUUUUUAACCCGAAAGUUUUGCAUGCAUUGGGUUUGAUUUUCGGGAGGCCUCUUCAGACGGACCAGGCUACUGCUUCUCGCACUAGACCUUAUGUAGCUAGAGUUCUAGUUGAGGUAGAUAUUUCCAAAAAACACCCAAAAGAAAUUUGGGAUGGUUCCAAAGCUUCCGGGUAUCUUCAAAAAGCUGAGUUUGAAGAAGUCCCAGAUUUUUAUUCUCAUUGUAAAAUUCAUGGGCAUGCUCAAAACGAUUGUUUUAAACUACACUCGGAUCUAAAAAAAACUAAUGUUAUGAAUAAUGGGAAGCAUGGAUCCACCGGAAAUAAGACUAUUUAUAUGCCUGCAUCUAACAAUAAUGUUGGGACCCAAGAGAACCAGGUGGAACCACUGCCUAUUUCUCAUAACUUAGAAGGAAUUUUAGAAAAUCCGAAGAAGGGAACUUAG